UAAUAGAGUUAUACCAAACGGCGAUAAUUUUCUAUGUGUUUACUUUUGCUCGCUACAGCUAUGGGAUACAUCACAUUUAAGCUGCACUGCUGCGUUCUUUUUGUUUUUCUUUCCAUUAUCAUCGUCAAUGGAGAUAUUACUUAUUCUAUUCAGGAGGAGAUGAAACGUGGAUCUAUCAUUGGAAAUAUUGCCAAGGAUCUGGGACUUGAAUUAGGUGGACUGUCCUCUCGCAAGGCCCGUGUUGAUACAGAGGAUAACAGUGUUAACUACUGCAGCAUAAACAUCAAGACGGGAGAUUUGAUUAUUGAAGAAAGGAUUGAUAGGGAAGCGCUUUGUGAGAAGAAACCAUCGUGUGUUAUAAAACAGGAAGUGGUCUUAGAAAACCCUUUACAACUAUACCGUAUUAAUAUCCAAAUUCAAGAUAUCAACGACAAUUCACCACAGUUUAAAGAGGAAUCGCUGAAAUUAGAAAUUCAGGAAUCAGCACUUAAAGGGGCAAGCUUUCUGCUUGACGAGGCGCACGAUGCAGACAUCGGAGAUAACGCUGUUAAGGGCUAUUCUCUCCAAAAAAAUGACUAUUUCAUAUUGAAUGUGAAAUCAAAGGGUUUUGGACGAAAAUAUGGCGAAUUAAUCUUAGAUAAAGAGUUAGACAGAGAACUAAAAAAAGAGAUGGUGCUGUUGCUUUCCGCGUUUGAUGGUGGCUCUCCUCAGAGAUCAGGUACUGUAAUUUUAUACAUAACUGUCUUGGAUGCUAAUGAUAAUGUACCAGUGUUUAGCCAGACGGUAUAUAAAGCUAGUCUGCGUGAAAAUUCUCCCAUGGAUACUGUUGUGCUCAAAGUGAGUGCUACUGACGCAGACGAUGGAGUGAAUGGUGAAGUCACCUAUGGAUUUGACCAUGUUUCAGAUGAAAACCAAAUUUUCUCUCUAAAUCCCACAACAGGAGAUGUUACAGUGGUUGGAGCUAUUGACUAUGAAAAAAAAUCAUCUUAUGAAAUUGAAAUUAGUGCAAAAGAUGGUUUAGGACUGGCAUCAUAUGCAACUUUGUUAAUUGAGAUCAAGGAUAUAAAUGAUAAUGCCCCAGUUAUAUUUCUAAAAUCUCUAUCUAACCCCGUACCUGAGGACGUCUCAGCUGGUACAGAGGUGGGCAUCAUUAACGUGCAGGACAGAGACUCUGAGAAUAACCGUCAAGUACGCUGCUCCAUUCAGCAAAAUGUACCCUUUAAGUUGGUUCCUUCUAUUAAAAACUAUUAUUCUCUGGUGACCACAGGACAUCUGGACCGUGAACUAGUCUCUGAUUACAACAUUACAAUCACUGCCACUGACGAGGGCUCUCCACCUCUGUCCUCCUCUAAAACUGUUCAGUUAUCUGUAGCUGACAUCAACGACAACCCACCUGUGUUUGAGGAACAGUCAUACAGCGCAUAUGUGGCAGAAAAUAACAAACCUGGAUCCACUUUAUGUUCCGUUUCUGCUCGAGACCCUGACUGGAGACAAAACGGUACAGUGAUUUAUUCUCUGUUACCUGGUGAGGUGAAUGGUUCCCCGGUGUCAUCCUAUCUCUCUGUUAAUGGAGAUAAGGGAGUGAUACAAGCUGUGAGGUCGUUUGAUUAUGAACAGUUUAGAGAUUUUAAAGUCCGGGUGAUGGCCAGAGACAAUGGUUCUCCUCCACUCAGCAGCAACGUGACCGUCAGUGUUUUUAUCGCUGACAUGAAUGACAACUUUCCUCAGACAUUGUAUCCAACCCCAGAGGGCAGCUCCUUCAUGACCGAGCUGGUGCCCAAAGCUGCACACGGAGGUUCCCUGGUGUCCAAAGUGAUAGCAGUGGACGCAGACUCCGGGCAGAACGCAUGGCUGUCCUAUCACAUAGUAAAAUCUACUGAUCCUGGACUUUUCAGUAUUGGUCUCCACAGCGGAGAGAUCAGGACACAGCGGGACAUUUCAGAAUCUGACAGCAUGAAACAGAACCUUAUUGUGGCAGUGAAAGAUAACGGACAGCCCUCUCUGUCUGCCACCCGUUCCAUGUAUUUACUUAUUUCUGACAACUUGGCUGAGGUGCCAGAACUGAAGGAGAUUUCUUAUGAUGAGAAGAACUCCAAGUUAACAUCUUACUUGAUCAUUGCGCUGGUGUCUGUGUCCACAUUUUUUCUGACUUUCAUCAUCAUCAUCCUGGGUGUGAGGUUUUGUCGCAGGAGAAAACCCAGACUGUUGUUUGAUGGAGCAGUUGCCAUCCCCAGCGCAUAUCUUCCUCCUAAUUACGCAGAUGUUGACGGCACAGGAACUUUACGCAGCACUUACAAUUAUGACGCCUACCUGACAACAGGAUCUAGAACCAGUGACUUUAAGUUUGUUUCAUCUUACAAUGACAACACGCUGCCUGCUGACCAGACCCUGAAGAAGAGUGCAUCAGAUUUUGCUGAGUCCUUUGAAGAACUGGAAGCAUGUACAGAGGUAUGA